CCUUCAGCCACUAUCAUGAUUAUCUAUGGGGACCUCAUCAGCCACGAUGAGAUGUUCUCCGACAUUUACAAGAUCCAGGAGAUCGCGGGCGGCCUGUGCCUGGAGGUGGAGGGCAAGAUGGUCAGUAGAACAGAGGGUAACAUUGAGGACUCGCUCAUUGGUGGAAAUGCCUCCGCUGAAGGCCGGGAGGGCGAAGGUACCGAAAGCACAGUAGUCACUGGUGUGGAUAUUGCCAUGAACCAUCGCUUGCAGGAAACCAGCUUCACAGAAGAGGCCUACAAGGGCCGGGGAUUUAGCUCAGUGGUUCCGUUGCCUGCUUCGCAAGCACAAGGACCCGGGUUCGGUCCCUGGUACCAAAAACAAAAAACAAACAAAAAGUUAAAAAAAAAAAAAAGAGGCCUACAAGAAGUCCAUCAAAGAUUGUAUGAAAUCAAAGGCAAACUUGAAGAACAAAGACCAGAAAGAGUAAAGCCUUUUAUGACAGGGGCUACAGAACAAAUCAAGUACAUCCUUGCUAAUUUCAAAAACUAUCAGUUCUUUAUUGGUGCAAACAUGAAUCCAGAUGGCAUGGUUGCUCUCCUGGACUACCGUGAGGAUGGUGUGACCCCAUUUAUGAUUUCCUUUAAGGAUGGUUUAGAAACGGAAAAAUGUUAAUGGAUUUGGCAGUUACCUUGGAUCUAUCACUUGUCAUAACUGGCUGCUGCUUGUCAUCCACACAACACCGGGAUUUUAGACAAAUGGGACUGAUGUCAUCUUGAACGCUUUGUUUA